AUGCACAAAGUAUUUGGAAGGAGCAAGACCAAGGACAUGUCGCACAAGGUGCUUCAGAAGUCCCUCACCCAUGCCGAGAAGCUUAGAUCGGUGCGCCUGAACGAGAAUCCCGCAAUGGACGACUUUGAGAAAGUGCGCACCCUAGGAACGGGCACGUUCGGGCGGGUGUACCUGGUGAGGCACAAAGAGACGGGCAAGUUUUACGCACUCAAGGUCCUGCGCAAGAUGGACGUGGUGCGCCUCAAGCAGGUAGAUCACAUCAAAAACGAAAAGAACAUUCUACUCGAGCUCAAUCACCCCUUCAUCGUCACCCUCUACGCGACGUGGCAAGAUGAGACGAAUCUGUACAUGUUGAUGGACUACGUCAUCGGCGGCGAGCUGUUCAGCUACCUGCGCCGAGCGGGCCGCUUCGCCAACGACACGGCGCGCAUGUACGCCGCGAUGGUGGUGAUGGCGCUCGAGCACCUCCACGCCAAGAACAUCCUCUACCGCGACCUCAAGCCCGAGAACCUGCUCAUAGACAAGCACGGCUACCUCAAGAUCUGCGACUUUGGCUUCGCCAAGCACGUCGAGGACCGGACGUGGACCCUGUGCGGCACGCCCGAGUACCUCGCGCCCGAGAUCAUCCAGAGCAAGGGCCACGGCAAGGCCGUCGACUGGUGGGCGCUCGGCGUGCUCCUGUUCGAGAUGCUCGCCGGCUACCCGCCCUUCUUCGACGACAACCCGUUCGGCGUCUACGAGAAGAUCCUCGCCGGCCGCAUCCACUUCCCGAGCCACUUUGACCCCGACGCCAAGGACCUCGUGCGGAAGCUGCUCGCCGCCGACCGCACGCAGCGGCUGGGCAACCUCAAGGGCGGCGCCGAAGACGUCAAGAACCACCCCUACUUCCAGUCCAUCGACUGGCAGCAGCUGCUCGAGGCCAAGAUGCGGGCCCCGAUCGUCGUGCGGUCCAAGGGCGAGGGCGACGCCUCCAACUUCGAGACCUACGACGAAAUCGAAGACCAGCCCGUCAGCGUCGACCCCUUCAAGUUCAUCUUCAAGGACUUCUAG